UGUCACGUGACAUCCGACCGGAGCAGAUUAGAUUGCGACUGACAACAUCACAUCAACGGCGUUAUAUUCCCCCACUUUUGCGCUCUCUCCGUUGUAUCCCGAAUUGCUCGCUGGGAAGUGCAAGGCAAUUGUACUUACCGUUCACACAUAUACUCCACGAGGCAAUGCGAUAGUCCUAUAAACACCGAAACCCCACCCCCACUGUCAAUAACCUUCCCGCCGCAACCAUGCUCUUCUUCAGUUUCUUCAAGACUCUCACAAACCAGACCGUGAUUAUCGAGCUCAAAAAUGACAUUCGCAUCCGCGGGAUACUGAAAUCCGUCGACCAAUACCUCAACAUCAAGCUCGACGAUGUGGACGUCCUGGACCUGGACAAGUACCCUCACCUGUCGUCCGUGAAGAACAUGUUUAUCCGUGGUAGCGUGGUUCGCUACGUUGUCUUGCCCCGGUCGGAAGUGGAUGUCGGUUUGCUAGAGGAUGCCACAAGACGAGAGGCAGCCAACCAAGCCGGAAAAGCCCGGUGAUCGAAGUACUCCGAAAUACAAAAAGAGAAGAAAAACCGACCAUGCUAGCUUAAUCCCCUUACGAUGUGACGUCGCUACUGCGUGCCCCCGGAGCGAGUUGUCUAUGUGAUGAUCGCCACGGAGAAGCCUAGGAUAUGAAUACCGGUCUAGGUAGUGGUGGAAAUUGAAUAUUCAUUUUGGUCUUUGAAAUGUCAAAGGAAGCUAAGAAGGGCGCUGAGGAUUUGAAGAUCCUGUUCCUGUCGAAUAGAGCUGAUGCCUUCCCUGCAUGCAGCAGCUUAGGCUAUGUCUACACGCAUGAGGCACGGGUUCUUUGCCGGCGCUUUACAAAUUCAGAUAUCAUUCAACCGUACUGGUGAAACUAAGUUGAA